GAAAACUACGGGGCGUUGUUCCGUUUUGUGUUGUUAAGCGUUACUGUUUUCUACGCAUUCCCAUCUAUUAGAUAAGUGAAAAUCCGUUUGGGGGAAGUUAUGGGUGUUCAAGAGCUGUGGUCCAUCGUCGAGCCGGUUCGUGAGUCGGUGCCGCUGUACAGUUUGAGCGGAAAGACACUGGCAGUUGAUCUGAGUCUGUGGGUGUGCGAGGCCCAGCAUGUCCAGGCUAUGAUGGGGAGAGUUACCAAGCCCCACCUGAGGAAUUUAUUUUUCAGGGUGUCAACCCUCACGCUUAUGGGGGUGAAGCUUGUCUUUGUGAUGGAGGGAGAAGCCCCUAAACUUAAAGCAGAAACCAUGAGCAGGAGAGCAGAAACAAGAUAUGGAGGAUUCAAAAAGGCCUCUGCCCCUAAAGCUGCUACAAAGACCAGCAGAGGGCGCUUCAAUGCUGUACUUAGAGAGUGUGCAGAGAUGUUGGACUAUCUGGGUGUGCCAUGGGUGACAGCUGCUGGGGAGGCCGAGGCCAUGUGUGCCUACCUGGACUCUCAAGGCCUGGUGGACGGCUGCAUCACUAAUGAUGGAGACGCCUUCCUAUAUGGAGCCCGGACUGUCUACAGGAACUUCAAUAUGAACAGUAAAGACCCUCAGGUGGACUGCUACAAGACCUCAAGGGUACAAACAGAGUUACAUCUCACCAGAGAGAAUCUAGUUGGUCUUGCCAUCUUUCUUGGCUGUGAUUAUAUUCCUAAGGGCAUACCAGGUGUUGGUAAAGAGCAAGCUCUGAGGCUUAUUCAGAUGCUGAAAGGACAAACACUCCUGCAGAGGUUCAUCCAGUGGAAGGAGGAGAACGUGGGGGUGUCUGAGGGAGUUGUGAAGAAGGUUCCUCACUGCAACUUGUGUCGACAUCCUGGGUCAGCAAAGGCACAUGAACGUGGCGGCUGUGUGCUUUGUGACAGUAAACGUUUCUGUCAACCUCAGGACUUUGACUACCAGUGUCCCUGUGACUGGCAUCGCUAUGAACAGACUCGGCAGGCUGUGUCCUUCGAGGCAAAUGUCAGAAGGAAGACACUGGCGAGUCAACAGUUCCCUUUUACAGAGAUCAUUAACGAGUUCCUGAUUUCCAAGGAUAAACCUGUGUCACAUUUCAAGAGGAGACAGCCAAAUAUGCUGAUGAUGCAGAAAUUUGCCCAUGACAAGAUGGAGUGGCUGAAGCACUACACCAGUGAAAAGGUUUUAGUCCUGAUGACUUACGCAGAACUGAUGAACAGAAAAUAUGGAAGAGAAAUGUCCUCCCAAGUCAAACCCCUCAGAAUAUUGAAACCGAGGGUGAGGAAUGCUAUCGCCUGCUUCGAAGUCAUCUGGAGCGUACCAGAUCAUUAUGUGUUUCCUGAGGAUCGGCCUGCAGACGAUCAACAUGAGGUGAGGACGGUGGAAGAAGAGUCUCUCUUCCGUGUGGCCUUUCCAGAAGUGGUGGAGAACUACCUUAGAGACAAAGCUCUGGCCGAAGAGAACAAGACCAAGAAGAGAAAACCAAAGAGUAAAAAGGAGAAGCCAUCUGAUGUCUCUGAUGGUAUUUCUGACCUCUUGGCACAGAUGACCCUUCAGAGUUCCUCUAACACUCAACCACAUGUGCUGCUCCCUACUGUUUCAACCACAGAUAAACCAGAAGUGGUGGUUGUGGACACUCCAGUGAACUAUAAACAGCAUUGGAAGUCAAAAGAAGACCACAGCAGUCUGGGUGAUUGCCCCAGCACUCCUCUGUCUCAUGGAGAAUCAGAGGCUGCUGCUGCAUCACCCUCUGUCUCUGCUGUUAUCGACGCUCUCCACCUGAGUGAUAUUGACUGGGAGGCUUUGUCCUUCACAUCCUCUCCAACCCCACAAUCAGCUAAUAACCACACCACUGAGCCCAAGCUGAGCAAAACCACAGACAGUGGUGUCAGGGAAACAGAGGGCGAAAACACCAAGCAGAAAACCUCAAGUGACGUCAGAGAAGCAGAAUCCAGAUCUGCUCUAGAGUUGUGCUACACAGAGUGUCCUCUAAGGGACAGGCUGCUCAUGAGGAACACAGCCAAAGCUAUACACCAGAAGGAGAUACACACUGACGUGGUCUCGAAACAACCACACCAUGAGUCAUCCACUCUCAAUCACAUUUCUCCUCAUAACUCAAGUGGCCAGAUCUCCAGUAAAGGUACAGGUGACAGUAAAUUGUCAGGAGAGAAAUCUGCUGUGUACAAAAAAGAGCCAUUCACUGACAAAACACAGUGUACAUCAAACAAGGAAGAAACUCGCAGUUCAAAACAGCAGUUGAGGCCUGCAGCUCAAAGUAAGACAAAGGACAAAUGUAACAUCUCCCAAAAGCCCCCUCACAAAUACAAAUUUGUCAGAAAAGCCAUUUCAUCAUCGCUUGUCCCACGGCAGAGGUGCCACACUGACCCAAGUCAAACUGACAUAGACAGGAACACGUCGCAGAGCACCAAGAAGAGUGUGUGUAUGAGCCUGUGUUCAUCCAGCGAGGAAAGUGAUGCAGAGAACCGGCAGUCUGGACCUCAGAGAAAAGCUAAAAUCAAGCCCACAAACAAGAUCAUUAUCUCAAAUUUCCCCCUGAAACCUAAAUCAACCAAACCAGCUGUAAAAACAGCUCCUACCACUCAGUUAUUACCAGCAAAAUCUCAGAGCUUAAUUGCAGACAGCGAGAUUAACAUCCUACCUGUAGCAACUAAAAGCAAAUGCCAGGAUGUCUCACCAGCUCAUGUGGAUGUAGAUGUGUUCCCUCAGACUCCUGCAUCACCUGUCAUUGUGUUAGAUAGCGAUGACUCAGUUAUUUGUAGUGAGAGUCCCCUGCCACUGGCAGAGAGACUGAGACUGAAGUUCCAGAAGUGAGCAGCACGAUAACAGGAUGAUGGACAACAGCAUGAAAGCUAUUUUAUGUCAAAUCAUGUGAAGUGUUGACAUAGAGUUUAACAAAUAACUCUUAUCUCAAGGUUGGCCUACCAGCUUUUAAAAGAAGAGCUGCAGCAAUUAGUGGAUGAAGAAACUGACAGAAAAUUGAUCGGCAACUCUUUUGAUAAUUCAAUAAUCGUUUAAAAGUAUACUAUGCAGGAUUUUCCUACACAAACAGUAAUCCCUCUCAAUCAUCACUUAUGACCCACCAGAGGUGUGUAGUGGUGUAUUUUUCUGCAGAGACUUUAUGUGUUCCUGAUGUUUAUGUGCAUGUACCUCCACAGCGCUCAGGUGAGGUUGGGGCCUGAUACGAAGGUAGUGACCAGGUGCCAACCAUAAGCAGCAGGCAUCCAAGAAACAGCACUGAAAAAAUACCUAAAUUUAGCGAGUAGAAAUGUCAAACAAGUGUGAAUCCGGGGUUUGAUUUUUACUUUUGAUGAUUCUAGCCUUUCAAAUAUGAGAAUUUGAUGUUUUUCCUUGUCUUAACUUUAAUAAAAAUUUGAAUGUAUUUGACGUUUGGACUGUAGAUCAGACAAAACAAGACAUUCGAUGACAUCAGCUUGGGAUUUGGAAACUGAUCAGUGUUUUUCUUAGUUUCAUGUACCAAACAAUUAACCAAUUAAGUAAAAAUUAGUCUAAGCUUUGCUGCCACCUGUUACUGUAAUCCGAAAUGGAACUGUUUCUGUAAAACAGUGGGAAAAGUUGUGUAUAAACACAGUUUCAAAGGUCCAGUGUGUAACAUAUAGGGGGAUGUAGUGGCAUCCAGCAGUGAGGAUUGCAGAUUGUAACCAGCUGAAACUUUUCCUGGUUAGAAUUUCUUCAGUGUCCAUUG